AGGACUCUGGGUCCAGGGGAAGGGGUUUACCGCUGUACCCGGAACUGUUGCCAAGUUAAUUUUUUUUGUUUGUUUGUUUGCUUUUUUUUUUCUGGUUUGAUCGCUGCAUGCGCUAGGACCUUAGGUAUCCGAGACCCUUUGGGGGUUGCGAGAGCGCCUCCUUGUCCCGUCCCGCCCAUUGGUGGUUUCAGCUCCCACCACCAUGGCUCCUGUGUCGGGCUCUCGUAGCCCUGAACGGGAGGCCUCUGGGGGAAAACGUCGCAGUUCGUCGAGGAGCCCCAAAUCCAUCAAAUCUUCCCGCUCCCCGCGGUGUCGCCGGUCUCGCUCUCGCUCUUGUUCUCGGUUCGGUGACCGGAAUGGCCUCAGCCAUUCGCUGAGUGGCUUCAGCCAAAGCUCUCGAAACCAAUCCUAUCGCUCCCGCUCUCGAUCGCGUUCUCGAGAACGGCCUUCAGCACAGCGGAGUGCCCCUUUUGCGUCUGCAUCCUCGUCCGCCUAUUAUGGCGGCUACUCCCGUCCCUACGGGGGCGACAAGCCAUGGCCUAGCCUGCUGGACAAGGAAAGGGAGGAGAGUCUGCGGCAGAAGAGAUUAAGUGAAAGAGAGAGGAUUGGAGAAUUGGGAGCUCCUGAAGUUUGGGGACUUUCCCCAAAGAAUCCUGAACCAGACUCUGAUGAACAUACACCAGUAGAGGAUGAAGAACCAAAGAAAAGCACUACUUCAGCAUCUAGUUCAGAAGAUGACAAGAAAAAGAAAAGGAAAUCUAGUCAUUCAAAAGAAAGAGUCAAGAAAAAGAGAAAGAAAAAGGCAUCUAAAAGAAAACAUAAAAAGUAUUCUGAAGAUAGCGACAGUGACUCUGAAUCUGACACAGACUCCAGUGAUGAAGAUACAAAAAGAAGAGCAAAGAAAGCUAAGAAAAAGGAAAAGAAGAAGAAACGAAGAGGGAAGAAAUACAAGAAAAAGAAGUCUAAGAAAAACAGAAAAGAGUCCAGUGAUUCGAGCUCUAAAGAGUCUCAAGAAGAAUUUCUAGAGAAUCCUUGGAAGGAUCGAUCAAAGGCAGAAGAACCAUCAGAUCUGAUCGGCCCAGAGGCUCCCAAAACACUUGCUUCCCAAGAUGAUAAGCCCUUGAACUAUGGCCACGCUCUGUUACCUGGUGAAGGUGCAGCUAUGGCUGAAUAUGUAAAAGCUGGCAAGCGCAUCCCAAGAAGAGGUGAAAUUGGCUUAACUAGUGAAGAGAUCGCAUCAUUUGAAUGUUCCGGUUAUGUAAUGAGCGGCAGCAGACAUCGCCGAAUGGAAGCGGUUCGACUUCGGAAAGAGAACCAGAUCUACAGUGCUGAUGAGAAGAGAGCCCUGGCAUCCUUUAACCAAGAAGAAAGACGAAAGAGGGAGAACAAGAUUCUGGCCAGCUUUCGAGAGAUGGUAUACAGAAAGACUAAAGGGAAGGAUGACAAGUGAGGACUUCCUGACUUUACAAGUGGAUAUUUUUAACAUCAAAAAGGAAAUUGUGGGUUCUAGACAUAAACAUAAAAAACCUUACUGUUUAUUUGUGUUUUGAGUUAUUUUUUGAUGUGUGGUUUCAGUUAGCCCAGGUCAGCCUCAGGCUUUGUAGCCGAGGAUGACUCUGAACUCUUGGUCUCCUGCCUCCACCUUCCAAGUGCUGAGAUUCCAGUUGUGUGCCACCAGGCCCAGCCAAAAAGGCUAUCAUGCUAUGAAAUGGCUUUUCAGGGCUUCUGUGCCUUCUUUUUAAUUCUUCAGUCCUUCAAUAAAAGAUACUUGUUGAUAUAAUUAGUAAGUUAUUUGAGGCUUUUAAAGACUGACCCCAAUCUUCUGGUUUAAAAGUCCAAAUUCUGAAUGAAGUCCUGCUGUGUUAGGAAAGUGGCAUAAGUGGCAGAUUAAUGAGAAAUUUAAAUCUCAUGUCAUGAGCUGAUGCGACUAUUAUUUGCCCCAUACAGUGUCUGCUACUACCCUAGGAAAACUUGGGAAUUUUAUCUCUUGUCUUGAAUGUGUUACAAAUGGGCUUGACAGAAACUAUUCAGGAGGCUAUUUCUGUUAACAAAAUGAAGGUGUUGCUGUGCACAGCAACUCUGGAAUUUGAAAACUGACUUGUUUCUAUCGUCAGCCCUAGAAAUGUAUAUUGGGGCUAACUCUACCUCUGCUCUAAAACCAAGCAAACCAAAUGGCUAACUCACAGAUGUAUGGAAUAAAAGAUGUGAGCUUUAAGUGUUUCAGGUUCUAUUAGAUUAUUUACCAUUGUUCUUUCAGUGGCUAAGAUAUAGCUCAGAGUUAGAACAUGUGCUUAUGAGGCCCUGAGCUACAGCCCCAGCCGUACAAAAAAAUUUCAAAUGCAGUUUUGGGAGUCUAUUGUGCCAAUAUAAGAAUACUAUUUCUAUCUAAGCUAAUAUUUAAUAUAGGAUAAUAUCUUAAAAAUGAGUAUCAAGAGUGCUAAUAAGGGAAAAUAUAAUAAGUCAGUAUUUUAAUUAAGCUGUUUCAUGAUGAUGAAAGUAAAAUAGUAAGCAUUUUCAAUGAUGUCCUUUAUGUUACCAGAUUUCUUGUUUGAGACAGAGUCUCACUAUGUAGCCCUGGAUGGCCUAGAACUCACAGAGUUCCCCCUGCCUCAGCCUUCCAGGUGCUAGGGUUAGAGCUGUGUGCCACUGCAUCUCACUGUAGGAUUUUAUUUUAAACAUUGUUAAGCUUUUCAGCUUUUUAUAUCUAUCAUUCCUUUAAUCCUUAACUUUUUGGGAGGCAGAGGCAGGUGGAUUUCUGAGUUCGAGGCCAGCCUGGUCUACAGAGUGAGGCCAGGACAGCCAGGACUACACAGAGAAACCCUGUCUUGAAACCCCCCCCCCCCAAAAAAAAUCCUUAACUUUAUAGAAACCCUCUGCACUUCAUCACUGUUUGAAAAGUUUAAUAUAUGUUCUGGGAAAAUGUGUUUCUAACCCAAAACUGCUGAACUAAGCAGCAGUUAGCAUGUAGUAAAAUCUGUGAUCUUUGAGCUUGAAAUUAUUUCACUGUAUUUAUACUGCUCAGUCUGAUCAGUCUAUAGUUUCCUAAAGUCUAAUAGAAACUAGGUUCUAAAGUUGGAAGUCUUAUUAAUCCACACACUUCCUCAAUGUAAAGUUUAUAAUCUCUAUUUUAGAAGUUAUUCUGUAGGGGCAUUGUGUUUUGUUAAUUGGCUCCUAGCAACUGGAUGAAUAUGUUUUUCUUUUUUAAUAGGAAAUGUGGUUUCAAUGCAACAAUUUUGUAGUGUAUAAGUAUUAUGGAUUUUCUUUUGAUUCUUCUCCACAGAGUAUAUACAGUCAAUGAAAAAAAUAAGAAUUUAUUUUAAAACCUGUCAUUCUCAGAAAUGAUUUAGUAGCAGGUCCUUUAAAAAGUAGAGGGCUAAAAGUAUUUUAUUUUCAGCUUGUUUGAAUUAUUCCUUCAAACUGUGUUCUGUCAUCAGAUGUCACAAGAGCUCUAAGGAAGAAAAACACACACACACACACACACACACACACACGCAAUCAAACAAAACAGUAAGCCAGGAAUUCCCUCUUUGUUACAUUCCCAGUGAACAGGAUAGUGGUUAGGCUUCUAUCUGUAUUCUUUUUAGUUCUUUAGGCCCAAGUAAAAUCUAUGUAGAACUAUUGUAAUUUACAUACUUUGUUUUCUAAAGAGACCUACCUAGAAACCUCUUCACCUGUUGUUCAUAGGAAUUUUCUCUCCUUUUUUUAUUUGUUGUACAAAGAUAAUAGUAAAAAAUAGAGAAAUUGCUCAGUCCUACCACGUAAAUUAUUACAAGUAUACUGUGUUCCUUGUAUGUCUUUGUCAUUUGAAGUGUAGUGUAAUUUUGUCUUUGGUGUUUUAAAAUUGUGUGAGCAGGCAUAGGAGUCCCAUUGGGAAGUUAAGAGUACAUGAUGAUCCAGUGUGAAGACAGAAACAAGAUCAGAAAUAAGUAAGGGUGGUAACCCAGCCCUGCUUCAUUGUGAACAUGAGCAUGAUGGGAUGUUCUAGAUACCAAAUACUGUUUCAGAGUUUAGCAGUGAGGCUCAGCUGACAGUAGAAGAGGUCUGUGAGUAGUAGAGCCUUUCAGACUGUUAGUGUCAGAUAUAGAACUGUGGCCAUUUUGUUAUCCAGAUACCCAUAAAAGUGUCUAUCAAGCUUGGAUGUAGGCAUAGAGAAGGACCAAACAGCUAAGGGCCAAUGGCUGAUCUUUACUACUGUUCAAAACUCAACUCUGUGCUUGCCAGACUCCAAAAUCAUGAUAUAGUGUUAAGAAAAAUCUUUUCAAAAGCAGAAAACAACUUAUUGCAGAAUGGAUAAUAAAUAAAAACAAAACUGCAGUUGG